CAAACUCCGUAGGGAGUAUUUCUGUCUCAGCAACACAUCAAUCCUUGUCAUCCUUAAAAUCCCAUCAGAAGUGGAUUUUGCUUCAUCAGUUGAUCUGCAACAGUGAAUAAUUAUGGACAACACAGAUGCAUAUUUAUUGAACUUUAAAGGCUAUUAUCUUAUACGUUCUACUGCUAAUACUGACCUACUGAAAAAUCUAGAGGAAUUUGAAGUUAGACAUGAUGAUGUCUUCAUAAUCACAUAUCCAAAAUCUGGUACCGUCUGGGCUCAGCAGAUAUUAAGCUUGAUUUAUUUUGAGGGACAUCGUAACAGAACUGAAACGGUGGAAACACUUGAUAGAGUCCCCUUCCUUGAACACGGUGUACCCAAGAUGGAGCAUCAGAAGAGACCAUCGCCUCGUCUCUUCGCAUCCCACCUCCCAUAUUAUUUAGCACCAAAAGGUCUCAAGAACAAAAAGGCUAAAAUUCUUUACAUCUACAGAAACCCCAAGGAUGUUUUGAUCUCAUAUUUUCAUUUUUCAAAUAUGAUGGUUAUGUUAGAAGCUCCGGAGAAUAUAGAAUAUUUCAUGAAAAAGUUUUUAGAUGGAAAAGGUAACUGA